GCACAAUUGAUAAAAAGCUUUAUUGUGCAAGAAAAACUAUAAUAAGCAGAAAAUUGCUUCAUUUACACAUCUAGUCUACUAGCAAAUUUGUUUACAAUGACGACGGAACCAGAACCGACCGAUUUGGAUUGGGUGCAACUGCGCAAAGAUAUGGGAAGAGCGCAUCAUGGUGAAACGAUGAAAGAAAAAUUUUCAAGAAAAUUUGAGGAAAAUCCUUUCGUCCCUAUAGGCUGCUUAGCAACUGCUGGUGCAUUAUCAUACGGGCUUUGGUCAUUCAGGCAAGGGCGAUCCAAGAUGUCUCAGACUAUGAUGCGUCUCCGCAUUGUAGCACAAGGAUUCACUAUUACGGCUCUCAUAGCUGGAGUAAUGUUGGCAGCAAAGAAAUGAAAAUAUUUCGAAAACUAUACUCUUUUCAGUACAGUCACAUGCAAAUUAUCUAUGCUUCUAAUCUAACAGAAACUACCUUU